ACAUGACAACAUCUUCAAUGUUGUAGCUUUCAAAGAGAGAUAGAUAGAGAGAAGGGUAGAAAAGGAAAACGAUUAAAUGGGUUUUCUUGAGUUUUUCAUUUUCGCAUUAAUCUCAGUUUCUUCAUUCAAAUGUUGUAAGAGUGUUGAUGAUGAUAAUGAUGAUGAUGUUCUUGGGCUUAUAGCAUUCAAAGCCGACAUUAUCGACUCAUCAGCUCAUCUAUCCUCAUGGAAUCAAGAGGACAACUCUCCAUGUUCAUGGAAGUUCAUAACAUGUAAUCCGGCGACCGGAAGAGUCACCGAGGUGGCUCUCGACGGUUUAGGUCUCUCCGGGAAGAUCGGAAGAGGCCUCGAGAAGCUUCAAAACCUCCAGGUACUCUCUCUUGCUCAUAACAAUCUCACCGGAAACCUCCACCCUCAACUCUCUCUCCUCAACAAUCUCCAAACCCUAAAUCUUUCCGGGAACUCUUUCUCCGGCGGCUUCCCGCCGUCGCUUAUCAACUCCGGCAGGAUAAAGUUCCUUGAUUUAUCUGACAACUCGCUUUCAGGACCCAUUCCGGUAGACACCUUCUCAACCUGCUCAUCUCUUCGAGUACUUUCGUUGUCAAAAAACAAUCUCCAAGGUCCGAUUCCUGAUUCGAUUUCUCAAUGCACUAUCCUAAACCACCUUAAUCUUUCCAAAAACCGGUUUUCUGGUAACCCAGACUUUUCCACGGGUCUGUGGUUGUUAACCCGGAUCAGAACAUUAGACCUUUCACACAAUGCGCUAUCGGGUCGGAUACCAAAUGGGGUAUCGGGUUUGCAUUACUUGAAAGAGCUUUCUUUACAUAACAAUCACUUCAUAGGAUCUUUGCCUUCUGAUAUCGGGUUAUGUUCACACUUUAAAAAGUUGGAUUUAAGUAAUAAUCUUUUCACAGAAACAAUUCCCGAUUCUUUCAAGGGUCUUUCGUCUUUAACUUAUUUAAAUCUAGCGAACAAUCUGUUAACCGGUGAUUUUCCUAAAUGGAUCGGGGAUUUGAAGGGUGUUGAUUACUUGGAAGUAUCGGGAAACGGUUUGACCGGAAUAUUACCGGCGUCGAUUGGUGGUUUAGGGUCGUUGACUUACUUGAGUCUUUCUGGUAAUAGUUUAACUGGAAACAUUCCCGAGACAUUAAUCUACUCGAGUAAACUAACCGUGGUUAAGUUAAGAGGUAAUAGGUUCAAUGGGAGCAUACCCGAAGGUUUAUUCGAACUCGGGUUGACCCAGAUUGACCUUUCGAGGAACCAGUUAACCGGUUCGAUCCCUCCUGGAUCGAAUCGGUUAUUCACAGCUCUUCAGACCAUGGAUCUAUCGGGAAACGGGUUAACCGGUGACAUCCCGGCUGAAAUGACACUUUUCUCCAAUUUAAGAUACUUGAAUUUAUCAUGGAAUAAUUUCGAGACGAGAAUGCCCCUGGAUGUCGGGAAUUUUCCGAAUUUAACCGUGUUGGAUCUUCGAAAUGGAGCUUUUCACGGGUCGAUUCCGGGCGAUAUAUGCAACUCGGGCAGCCUCGAAAUCCUCCAACUUGAUGGAAAUUCUUUGACCGGAUCCAUCCCGGACGAUAUCGGGCACUGUUCAUCACUCUAUUUGCUGACAUUGUCUCAUAACGACUUGUGUGGGUUUAUUCCAAGAUCAAUGUCGUUAUUGAAAAAACUCAAGAUUCUAAAGUUAGAUUCUAAUGAGCUAAGUGGUGAGAUACCACCGGAGCUAGGUGGUUUAGAAAACCUCCUAGUGGUAAAUAUAUCCUACAAUAGACUACAAGGAAGACUUCCAUCCAGGGGUAUAUUUCCAAGCUUACAAGAAAGUUCUUUAGAGGGUAAUCUCGGUAUUUGCUCGCCUUUCGUAAAAGGACCAUGUAAAAUGGAUGUCCCAAAGCCUUUAGUUCUCGACCCGUAUGCAUACGGGGACCAAAUCGGAAGUCAUGAAAAUGGAGCAGGGGCAAAAUCGUCAAAACAUUCCAACCACCGGAGAUUCUUAAGUGUUUCAGUCAUUAUCGCGAUAUUAGCAGCUGUUUUGAUCUCCAUUGGUGUGUUGGUGAUAACUUUGUUAAAUAUCUCCGCAAGAAAACGGAUGCAAUUUGUCGAUAAUGCCCUCGAGAGUUGCUCGAGCUCAUCCCGGUCAACUCGCAGUGUAUCCUUCGGGAAGCUAGUUUGGUUCGAUUCCAAGAUUGCCCCUGGUUGGGUUUCGAAUCCUGAAUCAUUACUAACCAAAGGAGCUGAGAUCGGUGGGGGUAUAAUCGGAACAGUGUAUAAAGCUUCAUUAGGAGAAGAAGGUAGAGAUCUUGCAAUCAAGAAUCUCAUCGUAUCAAACAUGGUGAAAUCAAAUGACGAUUUUGACCGAGAGGUUCGCGUUUUAUCAAAAGCAAGACACCCUAAUCUUGUAUCGGUCAAAGGGUAUUUCUGGAAACCUGAAUUACAGCUUCUAGUGACAGAGUAUGUAUGUAAUGGAAGCUUACAAUCCAAACUCCAUGACACGUCAACUUCAAGUCAACUUUCUUGGUCAACCCGGUUCAAGAUCUUGUUAGGAACCGCAAACGGGCUAGCCCAUUUACACCAUUCAUUUCGUCCACCUAUUAUUCAUUACAACAUCAAGGCUAACAACAUUCUUCUAGAUGAAAACUUCAACCCUAAAAUAUCGGACUUUGGGUUGACUAGAAUAAUGGCGAAACUUGACAAACAAGUAAUGAGUAAAAGGUUUCAAAGUGCAUUGGGCUACGUGGCACCAGAGUUGGCUUGUCAAAGUUUAAGGGUAAAUGAGAAAUGUGAUGUUUAUGGUUUUGGGGUGUUGAUUCUUGAAGUUGUAACAGGAAGAAGGCCGAUUGAAUAUGGGGAUGAUAAUGUUUUGAUACUUAGUGAAGAAGUUAGGGUUAUGUUGGAAGAAGGGAAUGUGUUGGAGUGUGUUGAUAUGAGAAUGGGGGAGUAUCGUGAAGAUGAGGUUUUGCCUGUUCUUAAGUUGGCUUUGGUGUGUACUUCUCAGAUACCUUCGAGUAGGCCUUCAAUGGCUGAAGUGGUUCAGAUAUUGCAAGUUAUUAGGACUCCUGUUCGUCAUAGGAUGGAAGCUUAUUAAGAUUAAGAGUGUUGCAAAGUUUUAAGUUUGAUUAUGUAUAAUUGUAGUAGGUUUUUGUUCUUUGGGAUUUGAUGUUUUCUUCACUUGUAUGGGUGAUUUUAGUAAUUACUUGCCUUCUCUA